AUGGAAAACACAACUUUAGAUCCAGACCUCUUGCUGCUGGAGGGGUUAAARGUCACUCCUCAUUCCUCUAUCCCAGCCUUCAUCCUGCUGCUCCUCAUCUAUGUCUUUGUGAUGCUGUCCAACGUGGGCCUGGUGACCAUGAUCACCCUGCAGAGGAGCCUCCACCAGCCCAUGUUCCUGCUGUUCUGCAGCAUGGGUGCCAACGAUGUGCUUGGUGCCUCCACCAUCAUCCCCCCCGUGCUCAGCACCGUCUUCACACCGACCGCGCAGAGGUACAUAAGCUACAGCAGCUGCGUCCUGCAGGCUUUCUUUGCCCACUUCCACGCCAGYGUCAUCCACACCGUUCUUAUGAUCAUGGCCUUYGACCGCUACGUGGCCGUCUGCAAGCCGCUGCACUACGCCACCAUCAUGACCAGCUGGAUGGUGGUGAAGCUGUCCGUGUCGGCCUGGGCGGUGUGCUUGUUGCUGGUGCUGGUGCUGGUGGGRCUCAGCGUCCGCCUGUCCCGCUGCCAGGCGGUUAUACUCAACCCGUUCUGCGACAACCCUUCGCUGUUCAAGCUGUCCUGUGAGAGCGUCCUGGUCAACAACAUCUACGGCCUGGCCUACACCGUGGUCCUGCUGGGCUCGUCGCUCGGCAGCAUCACGCUCACCUACCUGCGGAUCGCCAUGGUGUGC